AGUGGAUUUUGGCCGGCGCUGGCCCCCGCCCGGCGCCGGGCGGGAGGGUCCCUGGCUCCGCGCGUGGCCGAGGACACACACCCACACACACAGAGCUCACGGGGUGCCCCCCCCUCCCCCGGGGUGCCCCGCGAGCUCUGCCCGUCCCGCCGUGCCCCAGCCACGUCCCGUGAUCGGCGGCCAAGGGUUGCGCCGCCGCCGCGACCUUUGAGAUGAGCCGCGCUCGCCACCCGCCACCCUCCACCCGCCACCCACCCAGGGCCAUGGCUGCCAUGUGGGUGCCGCUGGUGGUGCUGGCGGCAUGGCCGGCCACCGUCACCGGCGCGGCGCGAGACUCGCUGCUCAACAUCUGCAUGGACGCCAAGCACCACAAGAAGCAGCCGGGACCCGAGGGGAAGCUCUACGGGCAGUGUGUCCUCUGGAAGGAUAACGCCUGUUGCACCGCCAACACCAGUAUGGAAGCCCACCAAGACCAGUCCUACCUUUACAACUUCACUGGGGACCACUGCGGGGCCAUGCCGGAGAAGUGCAAGCGUCACUUCAUCCAGGACACGUGUCUCUACGAGUGUUCCCCCAACCUGGGGCCAUGGAUCGACCAGGCGGACAACAGCUGGCGGAAGGAGCGAUCCUGCACGUGCCGCUGUGCCGGGAGGGACUGCGAGCAGUGGUGGGAGGACUGCCAGGACGCUGUCACCUGCAAGGUCAACUGGCACAAGGGCUGGAACUGGACCACAGGCACCAACCAGUGUCCCCAAGGCGCCAUGUGCCAGAAGUUCAAGUUCGUCUUCCCCACGCCGGCGGCCCUCUGCGAGCAGAUCUGGUCCCACUCCUACCGCUACACCUCCCACCGCCGCGGCAGCGCCCGCUGCAUCCAGAUGUGGUUCGACCCCGUCCUGGGGAACCCCAACGUCGAAGUCGCCCGCUAUUACGCCAACCCCGCCCCCCCGGCCUCCCCCGCCCCCCCGCUCCCCCUCCUGCUGGCCCUGCUGCCCCCCGUCCUGCUGGCAUUGCUCUGAGCUGGAGGGGCUGCGGGGCAGGAGUGGGCAGGGGGGGUGUUCAGGAUACCCUGGACCCCGCCAUGGGGUGUCCCCCCAAGCUCCCCAAGCCGCUGUGUCCGUCCCUUCCCCCCCCCCCCCAGCAUGUGGCUGGUGAA